AUGGACAUUGACUCUUCCGACGAAGAUCGGCCUCUAGUCAAGAUCAAGAAGAAGAAAAAGAAAAAGAGCAUCAGCAAACCCGACUCUGUCAAGAGCAGCUCGGCUACCAAAAAGAAGCGCAAACGAGAAGAAGUCCCCGAUGAGGCUCCUUCGUCUUCCAGCAAAAAAGCCAAGAAACCAGCCACCAAGGAACUCAAGAAAUUGGAAAGGACAGAACGUCUGCAAUAUGCCAUGCAAGCCUUUUUGUGGUGGGAUGCAAAGGAACCCCCAGAAGGAUGCCAGUGGGAGACUAUGGAACAUGCGGGAGUUAGUUUCCCAGAAGACUAUGUGCCCCAUGGUGUGAAAAUGUUUUACGAUGGGAAUCCAGUGGAUUUGACGCCUGGUCAGGAAGAAGCAGCCACUUUUUUUGCAGCCAUGGAUCCCGAAGGAAUGCACUUGGGAAACCCCAAGACGGCCAAGAUUUUCAUCAAGAACUUUUUUACUGAUUUCAAAGCCGUGCUAGGGAGAGGGCAUGUCAUUAAGGAUUUCAAAAAGUGUGACUUUGAACCCAUUCGCAAACAUUUGAACGAACAAAAGAUUAUUCGCAAGGCCAUUACGGAUGAAGAGCGCAAGGCUAACAAAGAAGAUCGGAAUCAAGCAAUGUACAAGUAUGGAUUUGCCAUUGUGGAUGGUCAUUUGGAAAAGGUUGGAAACUACAAUAUGGAACCUCCUGGCGCCUUUCGAGGACGUGGAGCACAUCCAAAGAUGGGAAAGCUCAAAUCACGAGUCAACCCCGAACAAGUCUCAUUGAACUUGUCCGAGUGCGCGCCAAUCCCCCGCUGUCGAAUGCCCGGACAUGCUUGGGGAGAUGUCCGCCAUGACCCCACGGGUCAGUGGUUGGCCACUUGGAAGGAGAAUAUUAACAACCAAUCCAAGUACAUGCAACUGGCGGCUCAGUCAUCCUUUAAGGGAAAGUCGGAUCGAUCCAAGUACACCAAGGCGGCCCGCCUCUGCGAACGGAUUGUGACCAUUCGCAAGUCCUACAAGAAGGACUUGAAAUCAAAAGACAAGGAGACUCGGCAACUAGCAACAGCUGUUUGGGUCAUUGAUCGUUUGGCUCUUCGUGUGGGUGGAGAAAAGGAUACCGACGAAGAGGCUGAUACUGUGGGAUGCUGUUCGUUGCGUGUGGAGCACUUGCACUUUGAUCCCAAUCAAGAGGGAGGCGACUGCAAAGAAAUCGAGCUAGAAUUCUUGGGUAAGGAUUCCAUGCUUUACAAGCAAACAAUUGAUUUCGGAACGGCGAUCUACAAUGACGACAAUGGAAUGGGGUCGCGAGUCUUUGAGAACCUCAAGGGAUUUUGCUCCAAAAAGAAGUCAAGCGACGAAGUCUUUGAUGCGAUCAAUCCAACCAUGUUGAACAACCAUCUCAAGCAAUUCAUGGAUGGGCUUUCAGCCAAGGUCUUUCGUACUUACAAUGCUUCCAAAACAUUGCAAGACGAGUUGAAAAAGACAGAGCUAACAGCUGGCUGGCACCGUUUGACACCAGCCGAAAAGGUUGUGGAAUACAACAGUGCCAAUCGUGAAGUUGCCAUUCUAUGUAAUCACCAGCGUUCCGUGAGCAAGGCACAAGAGACGCAGCUAGAGGCAAUCGGAAACAAGCUAGAGACGUUGAAGAAGCAAAGGAAGACAUUGAAAGGAAUCCUCAAGUGUCUGAAUGCUGGAAAACCAGAAAAGAUUCCAGUGAAGAAGAACGAAAAGAAGCUUGUGGAGGAAGUUACCACGGCAAUUGCCAAGGCCAAGAAGAUGAAGGAAAAGGCCAAGACCAACGAAGAAAAGAUCAAGGCUACCGAAGCCGAUGAAAAGGCCAAAGAGCGACGACGAGAAGUCACUGCUACGAAGUUUGAACAAGCUCACUUGUGGGAGAAGACGCCAUCGAAGGAUCAAGUGAUCAAACGCAUUAGCAACUGGGGGAAUAAGAUCACCAAGAUGGAAAUGGACUUGAAGCACAAGGAUGACAACAAGGAGGUUUCCCUAGGUACAUCCAAGAUCAACUACAUGGACCCACGGAUAACUGUGGCUUGGUGCAAACGCAACGAAGUUCCAAUCGAAAAGGUCUUUUCAAAAACUUUGCGAGACAAAUUCAACUGGGCAAUGGCAGUCGAACCUGAAUGGGAGUUUAACGAAAAGAUUGCCAACUAA